AUGGGAACUGAGUCUAUGACUGGAUGGUCAAAUUAUGAAGUAAUGAACACAGAAGAAUACCAAGAUGUUUUCUCCUUUCCAAACUCAGAUUUCAGUAGUUUUUCUGCUAAUUUGGAGUUUCAGCAUGAUCAAUUGCCCAUUCAAGAAACUACUUUUGAUGCCGUGCCUUUAAUGGAAAUGUUUCUGCAUAAUGAUCCUUUAUACUCAAAUUUGCAUCUUGAACCAUACCAGAACCUAAUUCCAGAGAAUUUCUUCUGCGAUUAUGGAAGUGCAUUGGGAAGGUUUGAAACUGGGAAUCAACAGUUACUAUUGGAGAAUACUAAUAAAGAUAUAACUGUAGAGAAGCCUGUGCAAGAGGUGAAGAGAGUUAAAAGGCAUAGAGAAGUAAAAACCUAUACAAGCAAUUGCAAAAUAUUAUCGAGGGAAACAAUUUCUCAGUACUUUUACAUGCCAAUUACACAAGCAGCAAGGGAACUUAAUGUGGGAUUAACCCUUUUGAAGAAAAGGUGUAGAGAAUUAGGAAUUAGAAGGUGGCCACACAGGAAGUUGAUGAGUCUACAAACCCUAAUCAAGAAUGUCCAUGAGCUGGGGAAGGAGGAAGGAGAAGGGAAGUUGAGAGAUGCGAUACAGAUUUUGGAACAAGAGAUGAAGUUGAUGGAAGAGGUUCCCGAUUUGCAAUUGGAAGACAAAACUAAGAGAUUGAGGCAAGCAUGUUUUAAGGUAAACUACAAGAAGAGAAAGCUCAUGGCUGGAAUGCCAUCAAUGAUGUCGGAAUCAAAAUCUGCAGGCUCUAGUUGUUAUAAUCCAGCAGCAAGUGUUGAAAUGAAUGCUUUAGAUUGUGGUGGAUCUCGGGAUGAAGAAGAAUAUGAUGACGAUGAUGAAGAGAUGAAAUCUCUCCUGUCUUACUGUUUUUCUUCCAGUAGUGACACAAUCUUUUGA